AUGAGUGCGUCUACAAGUUUAAGGGUGCGUCUGCCCGUCCUUGUGCUCACAUUAGAGGUUGUCAUGGUCGUGCUUUAUGCUCUCUUUGUCACUUAUGAUGACAAUACCAAUGCUAAGCUGCGAAACAAUCAGACGGAGCCCAUGCAGAACUCCAUGUAUUAUGACUAUCCCUACUUUUCAGAUGUCCAGGUGAUGAUCUUCAUCGGUUUUGGCUGCCUGUUGGCCUUCUUCAGAUUCUAUGGUUUCAGCGGACUGGUCUUCAACUUUCUUACAGCUGCCUUUACAGUCCAGUGGGCUAUUCUGAUGCAAGGCUUCUUCCAGUUUUACUCCAAUGGUAAAAUUCACUUGGGAGUCAUCAACCUGGUGAACGCUGAGUUUGCUUGUGCUGUGGUGCUCAUCUCUUUUGGAGCUGUGAUUGGGAAGACCAGUCCUGUGCAGCUCCUGGUCAUGGCCACGUUGGAGACUAUUUUUGCAGUGACAGAGUGGGCUGUGCUGAAGUAUAUUCGGAUAAAUGAUGCAGGUGGUAGCAUUCUUAUUCACCUGUUUGCCUGCUACUUUGGUCUAGGAGUGACAUUUGUUUUGUACCGUCCUAGCCUGAAUAACGGACAUGCAAAAGAGAUCACUAGUUAUCAAUCUGACAUCCUCUCUGUAAUGGGUACUUUGUUCCUCUGGGUGUUUUGGCCUUCAUUCAACUCUGCAUUAACUUUAAAGGGUGAUCCUCAGCACAGAGCAGUACUCCACACAUUUAUAGGUCUAUGCUCAUCCACUAUCACGGCUUUUGCGCUCUCGGCAAUGUUCAAUAAGAGAGGCAAGUUCACAAUGGCUGACAUUCAGAAUGUGACUCUGGCUGGUGGUGUGACUGUUGGAGCUUCUGUGGACAUGAUGGUUUCCCCAGUAGCUGCAUAUGCCCUGGGCAUCAUGGGAUGUACUGCCUGCUUCUUUGGAUACAAGUACCUGACCCCCUUUCUCGCCACACGCAUGAGGAUCCAAGACCAGUGUGGCAUUCACAGUCUCCAUGGGCUCACUGGCCUCAUUUCUUCCAUAGCAGGAAUCUGUGCUAUCCUGCUAGCCACCGAGGAGACCUACGGGCCCAGCUUGUACCAGAUAUUUUCUCACAGAGCGCCACCUAAAGGAGAUCCUAAGCUGCUGGAACUACAACAGCUGAUUCCGAGGUUGAAGCCAGGCUUGGGUUGUACAGCCAAAGAACAGGCCCUCUACCAGGUUGCAGCUAUUUUCUCCACCAUCGCAGCAUCUGCUAUUGGUGGUUUGCUGACUGGUUUGGUCUUGAAGUCAUCAAUGAUGGCAUCCCCAUCUGACGAGGACUGCUUUGAUGAUGAGGUUUUCUUUGAUAUGCCCUCUGAUUUUGAUACCAUAGAAGCACUUAAUAAAUUGAAUUCCUCAGACACAAAAUAUCAGACGACUGAUCCAGACACUAAGGUCUGAGCUGUUACAGUCAAAGUACAUCAUUUGUUCCCUGUUUGUUCAUUUCAAUUAUUGCAAGUUUGUUCAAAUAGCAAUAAUUGCAAUUAUUGCUAUUUCAGAAGUGCAUAUUUUAUUUAUGU